CCCGCCCCCCAGGCGGCUCGGCCAAUCCCCUGAGGCGAAGCAGGACGACACCCAGGCUGUGUCCAGAAGACCACGUGGCCCCAGGAGGCGCCAGUGCUAGCCAUGGGCGUGCAGCCCCCCAACUUCUCUUGGGUGCUCCCCGGCCGGCUGGCGGGGCUGGCCCUGCCCCGGCUCCCCGCCCACUACCAGUUCCUGCUGGACCAGGGUGUGCGGCACCUGGUGUCACUGACGGAGCGCGGGCCCCCGCACAGCGACAGCUGCCCCGGCCUCACCCUGCACCGACUGCGCAUCCCAGACUUCUGCUCGCCGGGCCCAGAGCAGAUCGACCGCUUCUUGAAGAUUGUCGACGAGGCCAACGCCCGGGGAGAGGCGGUGGGAGUGCACUGUGCCCUGGGCUUUGGCCGCACGGGAACCAUGCUGGCUUGUUACCUGGUGAAGGAGCGGGGCCUGGCUGCAGGGGACGCCAUCGGUGAGAUCCGGCGCCUUCGACCCGGCUCCAUCGAGACCUAUGAGCAAGAGAAGGCGGUCUUCCAGUUCUACCAGCGAAGGAAAUAAGGGACCUCAGCACUCUUCUGCCAGGUCCCCCGCGGCCCUGACCUGUGUGUUAGAUGGGGCCAGAGACGCGGAAGUGAACUAGAAGUGCUAAGCCCGCCAGCGCUCGCUCGGCUGGCUCAAAAGACAGAAGUAGCCCUUCCCUGCAGGCAGGUCCUGGUAGGAGGAUGGCUGCAGCAGCACCAAUGUGAGGUGUCCCUCUGCCGCUGCCUUGAAUAAAUAAAGAACCAGCUCACAUUGCAUAGCACUUUAAGUUUACAAAGUGCUCCCACACUUCGCGACUUUUUUUGCGCCUCACAAUAGCCCCAUAAUAAAGGGAAGGCAGAAGGGCCAUCCCUUCUUUGGAUGAGGCGGCCAAGGCUCAGAAAGGCACACAGUUACACUUCUGGAAAGUGGAAGUAUGGGCCAGGACUACAGCACACAUUUUCAGCCUUUUAAAGAUGCUGAAACUCUUACGUAUCUGCUCUCUAAUAAUAUUUGAUGUGUCUUCUGGGGAGCUGGUCAAUGAAAAGGAAACAAAUCCCUGGCAGCCCAAGGUCUCUGAUGCUCGCAGGCCAGGAGGGCCCCUGUGGACACAGCCCCUCAGUCCAGGCCCGCAUGCCCCACGUGUGUCAUCCCUUUAGCCCUCUUAAGACAGAGAAGGCCUGGAUGCUGUGCUCACAGAUAAUCACUGUCUCCAUCUCCCAGGGGCUGGGUGCCUCUCCCCAGCGUCAGGCUGCUCCGCUUACCUGUGACCUCCAGCCCAUUAUGCUGCCCCACGGCCUGAGGCUGAGGAAUGCCAGAACUCAGCCUCUCUGGGCAGGUAUGCAGAGGAUAUUUGAUGAUUAAAUGAAGACAUUCAGGGCUGCGAACCUUGGCCAUGUUUCUCAGAUGUUACCUUCACUUCCUCAUUGGAUGCCAUCCUACCAGCACCACCACCACACCUGCAGCUUCGAGAGAUAGGAUGAAUGGGAUAGACUAGCCAGGUGGACUCUUUUUGCUAUAACUCCUGCCUGAAUUCCUGUCCUCUCUUCUGUAAUGGCAGGCCAGGAUGGAUAAGGUAGGAAUUCAUCAUGAAAUGUGUACUGAGUGCCUGUAUACCAGGCUUUGUUAGAUGCAGAGGCCCUCCAGCUGAAGGGGACAUGAUUCACAGCCUGCUGGAGGAGGGGAGCACGACAGAUUCCAACCACAUAGAAUAGGUAUUAUGGCAGACAUGCAUUCCACAUCCAAUGGAGACAUGGAGGGAGGAGGCAAGGGUUCCCCUGCAGACCCCAGCCUUUUUAGCCUAGGCCACCACCAGCUCCAGGCCACCCACUCCUCACUGCAUCUUCCUUCCUCUGCCGCCCACCCAACUCAACCCCCCUCCAACCCUCUUAGACAAAAGGAGUAUUAGCCAGAGUCUUGCCAAUCUAGCAGUGAGAGAAAGACUGUAAAGUGCCCUCGCCGCCCCCCCCCCUUUCCUCUGUGUGUCGAAUCUGGAUAAUCAGUUCCUUCAUUCUGUUCCCUUGGUCCCCACCCAGCUCACCCAGGUGAGGACUUUUCUCAAAGAGAAGAACCUACAGUUCCAAGCAUUCAGGCUAAAACAGAGGAGUGAGAAGUAGCAGAAGAGGGGAAGCACUGAAGCCCUUACCCUCUGCUCAUCAAAGUCCCCUCUGCCCUGCCCACGCACCCACUCCUCCCACAACAGCAUGACCCAGUCUGUUUCCUGAUGCAAACCAGAGCAUCUUCCAAAGGAGUAUUUUGAUUGUGUGUGUGUGUGUGUGUGUGUGUGCGUGUACACGCGAAGAUGGUGGGGCAGGAAGGGUAUGAACAGCCCACUUCCUGGAUCCCUUCCCUCCAGUUACCAGGAUGGAGGGAGAGAAGAAGCAGGCUUGAAGCUGCACCCCGGAGUUCUGUCUGUGAUCCCAACCCUCUGGGGUCACACAACUGUUCCUCACGUUGUCUGCCCCUCCGUUCCUAUCUUAACUCCAUCCCCCCACAUCCUCUGCCCUGCAGGAGAGGAACCUGCCCUUCUCUUUCUCCCAAGCCUCUUUCAAAGGAGAGGAAAAAUUUUUCUAACCCCAUUAAAACCCUGUGUGCAGCCUCCAUCCCCAUAAUUUCAGCAGGUCUCCUCUGCUUCAAGAGUUCCUCAGGGAAAUAAACAUACAAUUAUGUGCUUAAGGAAA